AUGUCGCUCGUGCUGCCCAAGCCGGCGCGACAGAGCUCAAGUGACCAGCACGCGCGACGCGAGACGCAGGCGCAGGCUGGAGGUUCGAUGGGUCAGGGACCUGCGGGCGCGGCUGAGUCGCGUAGGGCGAACGGGAAGAGCGUUGAGAGGCGGAAGGGGAAGGGCAAGGGGCGGAUGAUGAUGAUCAAGAUCUUCUACUCCCUCACUUCGCCGCGCUUCCCCUCCUCGUCCGCACCAACACCCAGCACCUCCUCGCACCUCCUCCCCGCCUCCACUCCCUCAUCCGACUUCCUCGCCGUCCUCGACCCCUCUCUCGCCCCGUCCCCAUCCUCGCACUCCCCUGCUCCUCCCAUACCCGCCGCGCCAAGCUCGAGCGAAACAAAUUACUCGUGCAUGGCGAGGUUGUCGGCGCCUGUUUGGGUGCAGGUUAUCGGCAGCUCGUCAAGCGGGCGAAGAGCGGAUGGUACCGAGGUUCAGCAGCAGCAGUUUGGGCGCGUGACGCUCAAGACGUGCCUCAGUGCCAUCUGCAUCUCUCGACCUGAGCUCGUCAUCGACUCGACCAAGGACUUCUCUGUCUCCGCCGUCGAUCCCUACGAGUCCUCGCAUCGCCGCCAGCCUCCCAGCGGUCCUAGCACGUCCUCCACGGCCUUCGACACGACCAACGCUUCUUCCGACGCCCGGCCGGGCGAAGGACUCGUCGAGGGAAAGGGAAUGUUGUCCUGGACCCUCGCGGAGAAGAAAGAAGGCACGACCAUGGUGGUCGGGCGGAUUGUUGGAAGUGCGGGGGGAGAUAGGCGGAGCAAGCGGCGGAGUGGCGACGAUGGGGGCUUUGCGAUGGAGAUGAGCGAGGGAGAGAGCGAUGCGGAUGAACCGGAGGAGACGCUCGAAGUUUGGUUGCAGUUGACCGAGCGCGACGCAUUCACGCAAGGCCAGUUCCUCGACUGCCUCCGCUCAUACCACAACCCAGUCCAGCACCUCCAGAGUGAGAUGUCCGACUUUGCCUCCUCCCCUCCCAAGCGUCGCGAAUCCGCUCUCUUCACUUCCACAUCCUCAGCACUCCCUCUCGCUCGCCCCGCUUCCACCGCGCCUGUACCCUCAGGCGACCCCGUCAAGCGCAAAAGGCCGCGCGAGACGCCUUCACUGCCAAUUCCGCCUGUCGCCGCGUCAGUCCCGCCUGCGCCCUUCGCUACCGGCGCCUCAUCGCCGGCGUCCUUCCUCCCACCUCCUCCUGCCGCCUCCACCACGAACGAAGCCGGCCUCGCGGGCCUGCAAGACCCUCGCACCCUCGCCCUCCUCGGUCAGAUCCUCCCUUCACUCACCGCAGCCGGCGCCGACGCGAGCGGUCUCCUCGCUGCUCUCACGCAGCAGCACCAGCAGAGUCAGCAGGAGGCGCUCUUGCCCGCCAUCCAGACGCUCGCCAAGUUCUGCGGGAUCAACUUGCCUGCUCAGCAGCCGCAGCCCGUGCCGACGGAGCCGCUGCUCACGUCAACUGCGGCGGACCCGUCUUCGCAGCACUGGCAGUCGGACCUGCCACGCCCUCCGACCGGCGCGCCUUCGACCUCGACCUCGACCUCGACCACGACAGCCACCGCUUCCCGCAAGCCCAAAUCCGGCUCGACCUCGUCCACCUCACACCGCGAACACUUUGCCGCAAUCGACCUCACUUCGCUCUCAGCCUCGCAUGCCCAGGCAGUCGGCAAGCAGAAUCCGCGAGACCCGCAGAGCGGGUGUGCAAACUGCAAGAGACGGAAGAGUACGACUUGGAGGGAGGGAAAAGGGCCGGAUGGGAAGCUCAUGAGCGUUUGUAACGCUUGCGGGACGUUCUACAACAAGAACGGGUACCACCGCACAAAGCAGCCUGCCGGUUCGACCGCAUUCGCUACCUCGCCGCCCCUUUCGACCUCCGCCCUUCCCUCUACCUCGGCCAAGCCCGCCGGUCGACCGCUGCAGGGACGCCUGACCGCAACCUGCGAGGCCGACCUCGUCAAGCGCAAGUCGAAGAAGCAGAAGACCGGCUCUUCCACAACCCACCACGCCGGCUUGAUCCCGCCCUUGUCGCCGUCGAAGCAGAUCGGCCCUCGCUCGCCCGCGCUCAACUUCUCCUUCUCGCCUUCACGCGCGGGCGGCAGGUCUGCCGGCGCAGCUUUUGCCGGGAUCAUGAGCUCGCCGGGCAAGUCGCCUCGCAUGCGCUGCAGGCAGGCCAACGGGACUGCCGCAACGUCGCCUGUUCGUGGACCGUCGAGGCCGUCGAAGGGAGACGGCACAAUGUACAACUCGGACGUUGAGGACAACGCAUUGAACCCGUUCGCGUUCGGCGGCAUCUUCGGCCUCACGAACCGCAGCCCGAGCCGGACUCGCGCGGAAUUGCCACGUCCGGCUCGCAACAGCGGCGGAAAAGGUCAGGCGGGCAUGCCCAGCUACCUCCUCACCGCCAGCCCCGGUACCGCCCUCGACCGCAUCCUCAGCGAAACCAACAUCGGAUCGAUCGGCGGCAUUGUCAGCGAGCAGGCCGGCCAGGGCGAGUCAAUGCAGUUGGACCAGGCCAGCACCGUCCCGGACGAGUUCAACUUCUUCCUCCAGCCAGGUAGCCCUACGCUCGGCAAGGAGAACGCCCGUCCGAACGCGGCAGGAAAGAUCAAGACCGCGACGACCUCGACCGAUGCGCCGACUACCGAUGCCGACUCGUUCGAAUCGGUCCUCUCGUCUCUGCGCCGCAACUUUGAUGCCCGCCUGUCGUCGAACGCCUUGACGGCUCCGUCUUCGCCUGCACCCUCGUCGCCAUGCGUCUUGCCCAGAACGAGCACUGCCACGCCUGGCUCCAAGGGCAAGGCCCCUCAGUCCUGCGGCCGCCCGCCUCCUUCCAUCCUCGACUCUUUCAUCGAUGGUCUCGUUCCCGCUUUCGCGCUCGACUCGAACGCCGGUGGAGGCGCCGUCAUGAGUACCGGCAGGACGCCCGCGAGCGACUCGGACGCUUGGUCGCCGGACAACGCCGCUCAGCGCGAUGAAGACCAGACGGUCACGCUCGACUCGUUUGUGGCGUCCAAGUCGCUCGGCCAGCACGACCUGACGCAGGACCAGGCUUCACGCAUCACCCGUCCCUCGCACGCCUCAACGAGCAGCUUCGAUUUCUCGAACGGCGGUCCGAGCAAGGCCGCCAACCGACGAGCGGCCUUCAUCCCCGCUCACCUCCUUGCGCCCUCCGACGCCACCGAGUUCGACUUCGGCUCGCUCCCGCCGUCGAGUCCUCCCCUCCUUCCUAGCGAAGCGUUCCCGACGCCGUCCGACUUUGACGGGAUCACUCCCUCUGCCGACGGAGGCGACGCCGACGACCGCGAGUCUCGUCAGCAGCAAGGCGCCGGGAUGUUGACUAUUGAGGCAGUCGCCGAGACGGUCGCGCGGGAGCCGAAUGUCGACACGCGCAACGCCAUGAUCUCGCUCCUCCAAUCGCUCGGCGCAUCGUCCGCCGGCUCCGAGCAGGUCCAGCUGCCGGGCAUUGCCGCCGACACGGUUCAGCUCGACCGCGACACCGUCAACAAGCUCCUCUCGCUGAUCUCGGCAAGCUCGCAAGACGGUUCGACCGUCGCCGCGGUGGACCAGGCCGCGUCGACCUCAGCCACCGCCGCAGCGGCCGACGCCUACAUCGCACACGACCAGUCGGCGGACUACUCGAAGCUCGACCUGUUCGGACCGCUCGAUGCCGGGUCGUCCACCAUGGCCGGCGCACCUCCCGUCGAAGAAGGACAGAGCGGGCAGAUGCAGGACCUGUUCCGCGACCUUUUCGAUCGCUUCUGA